CUUGUAUGGGAGGGAGCCCAGAAACGCACUCAACUCCGCAAGGUCAACAGGACAUUGGCUUGAGGGAAUCAUUUCCACCUUUUGUUGUGCUGUGCAGCAGCAGCAGCAACAACAGUCAUCCAGUUACAAGUUGGCAGUCCGUCCGUCCAGCAUCAGGCGGGCAUCAGUGUUGCAGCAGGCGCUUCCGUCGUCGUCGUCAUCUCCCACAGGUGGAUUUAUUUCCUCCCCAUUCUUGAUUCCUUAUUGGCCGCCCCCCCCCCCCAAAAAGGCGACAACAGUCGAACGUCACGGGCUGUGACACGUUCCUGACCGGAUUGCUGUUGCUGCUGCUGCUGCCAAACGUCGUAAAAAGCGACUCACAAAAGUGAACAAACGUUUCAACGCAACUGUUAACACCGAGCAAUAAUAACCCACAAGUUCUCCCGGGUGUGUGUGUGUGUGUGUGUGUGUUAUCCUGCGAGAAUAAGUUAACGAAAUCAUCAAAUCCCGAUGGCUUAUCGUCAACGGAGAGGAACUUUUCCGACAUCGGUCGUCGCCGUCUGCUGGGCUCUGCUGGUCCUGCUGAUGUCGAGCGACGUAUGCAAAUCGCAGCCCAUUAAGAAGCCGCCAGCCAUAACUUACGUUGCCGGACCCAAUCAGUUGACCUUGCUGUUGGGCAGCAGCUCAUUCCGAUUCGGCUACGAUACGGACAACCAAUUCCGAGCUGAAAGGCGUUUCCCUAAUGGCACCGUGGCCGGCUAUUAUGGCUACAUGAGGGCCGAUGGUAAACCCAUCCGUGUCAAAUACGGAGCGGUCGACAAUCUCGGCUUUUCGGCCAUCGAAGAAAUUAUUCCAGUCACAUUCCCACCGCCGACGACUCUCGAGCCCAUCGACGAAGGAGAAGGCAGCGGCUCCUUGGAGCCCGUCACGGAUGCGCCCCUCACCACCGUUACCGAAACGGUCGCGCUGGUCGACGAGCCGUUCAUAGUCGAUGACGCUGAAGACAAAUUGAAAACGGUCCUCGUCUUGCCCAAACAGCCGAUAGUUGACGACGAAAAAGAGUCUGUUUCCAUCGACGCGGCUGAUUAUUUCAGGUCCGGUGGAUUUCUGCCCGCCUCUCAGGCACUCGACAGCAACUUUCGAUUCGUCUUUCCCAAAAUUGACGUUCCGGAUCUUCCGCAACGACGUCAGACUCGAGCGGCUUUUCCUCCGCCCAUCGCCUUACCACCAACAGACCCCGUAGAGGAUCGCCGGAUCGUUGUUGAACAACUUCCGGGGGAACCGCCCAUCAUCUUCAAACAGCCGAAUCGUUUCCACAAGCUUGCGAGCACUCGUUACACGCUCAAUUGAUCCAUUUAAAUUAUUUUUAACAAAUCAACUCAUGCACAGCGAAAACGAAUUUUUCUAGAAUUCUUAAAUAAUUAAUUUGAAACUAGUUGAUCGAUUGGUCACCUUAAAAUUUAAUAUAAGUUUUAAAAAAUAAUAAUUCAAAUAACAUUCUGUUGUAAUUCUCAGUUAUGCUGGACAUCACCAUAAACGAAUGAUACGAUAAAGUUUGCUUCGUUUAAAAUUAAUUAACAACAACAGUAAUUCUAAAUAAAUAAAAAUAAUUAUUAGCAACUUCAAUAAAAUGUCGUAGUAUAGUUAAUAGGAAAGUAGUAUAGUUUUAAUAGGAAUAUCUUUUAUGGAAAUGUCGAGUGACAACGAGUUGUUAACUUUCUAAUGGUAAAGGUUGAAGAAUGUUAAAAGAUUCAAACUUUUAUUUGUAUUAUUACAAUGAUUGAUCGUUACUUAAUUGACAAACGAUUGCGUCACGUUCAUAGACAAUGAGUAGAAAAAAAAACAAUUCGAUUGAAGAUUGUAUUGUUGUUGCAUAAUUAUUCGUCCAAUUAUUUGAUAAUACCAAUGAAUAUUCUAAACAACAACCAACCCCAAUUACAUCAUUUAUAACAAACAGUGUGUCAAAGAAGCUUGAAAACAAAAUGCCCCACCUCCCGUAAAAGAAACCUUGGCCUGACCACGCCCUGGCCACUUGGCCAGACGAUGGGAAAUAAUUUAAA